UCAGAUUAUCAUUCACUUGCAAAUCUUCAAAAGCAUAACAACAAUUUCCAAACUUUAAACAAAACUUUUCCUAUUUUACUCUAAAUCUUUUCAAUUACAUUUACGAUUAUUUAACAAUGUUUAUUAAUCUUCUUGUUCGUACUUUAUUUUGUCUAUUAACUGUUGGGUCAACUAUCGUUCUCUCAUCAACUGACCCAUCGGAAUCAUCUUUACCUUUCUCACCAAUCGCUCGAAGUAAAACUGGACUAAUUCGAGGUGUAACUGUUCACAAAACAAGUUCAAUCGCUGUUAAUCAAUUCCUCGGAAUUCCCUAUGCUCAACCACCCACCGGUUCUCGAAGAUUCGGUCGACCUCAACCUCUAACCAUUGACCCGAUCCGAAUCAUCGACGCAACCAAACCAGCGGCAACUUGUAUCCAAUUCCCUCACAUCUCUGAGGCGAUUAAUCCACUAUUGAACUUUGAUUCUGACCACAAGGUAUCAGAAGAUUGUCUUUACUUGAACAUUUAUGCUCCACUUUCCAAUGGAUCUUCAUCCUCAUCUUCCGGUCUUCCAGUUAUGGUUUGGUUUGCCGGUGAAGGUUAUGAUUUCGCCGAUGCCAACCAAUUUGAUGGAAGUUAUUUAUCAGCAUUUGGUCAAGUGAUUGUUAUCACUGUUCAAUAUCGUGUUGGUGUUUUCGGUUUCCUUAAAGAUGAUAUUAUCGCUCAGGGUAAUAUGGGAAUUUGGGAUCAAGUUGAAGCUCUUAAAUGGGUCCAAGAAAACAUCGCUGCUUUCGGUGGUGACUCGAAGAAGGUAACAGUUUUCGGUCGAUUUACUGGUUCAAUGGCGAUCACUCAUCUUCUCGCCUCACCAAUUUUACGAAACAUCGACGAGCCACUUUUCACUCGAGCCAUUUUAAUGUCCGGUGUCGCUGUUGGUGACUUUACAAUUGAGAAAUCACCAAAUGACCGAGCCAAGAAUUACCUUCGUUCAUUGGGAUGUGACCAAUUAAAUGCCUCCAAAUGCCUUUACUUUGCCGAUUCUGAUGAAUUAUUGAGUAAAUCUGGUUAUGGAUGGAGACCAACAAUCGAUGGUGUUCUAAUCACCGAUGAACCUUUAAAUGCCAUGGGUCGAGGUGAAAUCGCCAAAGGUGUUGAAUCAGUAAUGAUCGGAUCAACUGCGGCUGAAGGGUCACUUUGUUUACUUACCUGGAUGUUUGCAGAGCGAAAUAUUUACAACAAAUUGGUAUCAGGAGAUAUAAGUGAACAACAGAUCAUCUCAUUGGCAAAGAAAGAUUUGAAAACUUAUCCAACUAAAAAUUCUGAGGCCAUUUUCAAGUCAUUCUUUAAAUCUCAAGAACGAUCCUCAUCUAAAUCCAAUCCCAAUUCAUUGGCUCGAGAAUAUGUCAACUUUUGCUCUGAACUAAUGAUCAACUCUCAUGCAAAUACAUUGAGAAAAAUUCUAUCAGCUUCUGAUAUUGAAACAUCAACUUAUCGAUUACAUUAUAAACCAGCAUUCUCUUUGGCACCAGAAUUCAUUAAAACCGGUGCUCAUGGUGACGAUGUUUUAUUAGCCUUUGGUUUGGCCUUCGAUAACCUCCCAAUGUCCGAUGAACGUGAUCUUUCAGUUUCUUCAUCUCUAUUGUCACUUUUAUCAUCUUUCGCCUGGUCCAUUAAUCCGUCAACAAUUAACUCACCGUCAACAUUAAAUGGUGACCUGGUCAUCUCAAGUCAACCCUCAACAACGUCCAAAUUAACGUUGACCAAGCCAAUGUGCAACGAUACAUCAACACCCAAUUCUUGCUCAUUGAAAAAAACACUAUCAACACUGAUUAACACCAUUGAUUCAAAGCCUUCAGUUAAAUCAGCGAUUCCAAAUUACUCGUUUUAAUUGUCGACAAUCAACUGAUUUCCUUUAUAAAUAUAUUGUACAUAAACACUUCAUCGUAAUCAUCAAAAUAUCAUCAUCAUCAUUGUAAAUUAAUCAUACAAUUAAUUAUCCUCUCAAUCUGUUACGUUUCAACAGUUUAAUUGUUAUAUAAAUGUACAGAUAUCAACAAAUAUAAAUAUUAUAUUAUAUUUUAAUUGUAAAUCAAUCAUCAAAUAUUGAUACAAAAAUAUUAAUAAUAAUGAAUAAAAAAAUUCACAAAUCAAA